AUGAAACUUGAGAAUUGCUACACUCUCAUUGUUUGUGGUAGUGCAUUGAUGACAACACAAAAGAAGAAAAAGAAGAAAAGGGCAAGCCUAAGAACAUUGUGGAGGAAAAUCAAGAGGGAAAAGAGGAGGUUUUUUAUGAGUUCUUCAACGGUGGUUCAUUUCCAAUAUGAUCCCAGCUCCUACUCACACAACUUUGAUGAUGGUUAUUCCACCGACCCAGAUUGCAUUUCUCGCUCUUUUUCAUCUCGAUUUGCAGCACUUCCCUCCAAGAUUUUCUUCAAGAAUAAUAAUGCUCAAAUGGUGGAUGAUGUAGAUAAUAACAAGUUUAAGAGCAGCACAGUGUUAUAG